UUUAAUUUCUUGCAACCUAGCUAGCUAGCUAGUUACUCAUAGCUAGGUCUUCUCCUAUACUCUCCUUUCUUUGAUUGUAUAUUGUUGAUAACUCUACUCUCUCUCUCUCUCUCUCUCUCUCUCUCGAUAAAAAUUCUGCCCUUGCGAAGAUCAGAUCCGAGGUGGUUAAUCUGUCCAUCAUUCAACAAAAUCCCCCCAGUUCAGAUCAUCUGUCCAUCAGUCAAAUCAAAGAGGAAGGAAGGAAGGAAGAAAGGAAUCAUCAAAACCAAAACAUGUCCUCUUCCUCUUCCUCCUCAUCUGUCCUCCCGCCGGACCACCACCACCCGCCUCCUCCUCCCACCUCCGAGCAGCUCUGUUACGUUCACUGCAACUUCUGCGACACCGUCCUCGCGGUAAGUGUUCCUUGCUCUAGCUUGUUCAAGACGGUGACGGUUCGAUGCGGCCACUGCACCAAUCUCUUGUCAGUGAACACCCCAGGCCUUCUGUUUCCCACGCCCAAUCAUCACCUCCAUCUUGGCCAUUCUCUCUUUUCUCCUCAGAAUCUUCUGGAAGAGUUUCGAAGCUCGUCGACUAACUUGUUGAUCAAUCAGCCUAAUAAUGCAAAUGAGUCGGUGCCGGUUCGUGGAAUCGAUGAGAUUCCUAAGCUCCCACCUGCUAAUCGACCUCCGGAGAAAAGACAGAGAGUCCCCUCCGCUUACAACCGAUUCAUCAAGGACGAGAUCCAACGAAUCAAAGCUGGAAAUCCCGAUAUAAGUCACAGGGAGGCUUUCAGUACAGCUGCAAAGAAUUGGGCUCACUUCCCACACAUUCACUUCGGACUUUCGCCUGACCAACCUGUGAAGAAAUCUAACGUGCGCCAGCAAGAAGGAGAAGAUGUUCUCAUCAAAGAUGGGUUUCUUCCUCCAGCCAACGUGGGGGUGUUCCCUUACUGAUUAAGAAGUGAAGCUGUUGGGGUUUCUAUAUGUUAAAUCUUUCUCCAUCUUCCUAUCGCUAGGGUUCUUUUUUUUCCUAUCUUUCAUGGGGACUCUUCAAAGGUUUGCAUUGUUUGCUUGGCUUCUCUUAUUGAUUGUAGGACAUUUGAUAAACAUGGAUCUUUGCGAAGUUCAACGCCUGAUGAAUUCCUUAAAAAACUCCCACUGAGCUUGUGAUGAUCAUGUUUGAAUCUCUUCUUCC